UAUGAUUAAAAAGACGGAGAAAAGGCGUGGACAUCAUUUCAGGGUGUCUGUCUUGGACUGUACAAUCUUGACGAGUUCAUCGGAACGCUCACACUCAAGACGUACCAGACCUUCAAUUGCGUCGAUCUUAGAAAACUCAAGAAGUUCACUUGUAUCAACAUGGGAAACUCGGCAGGAGCAAAAGGUAGUCCUAUCUACAUUGACGAAGUUUGUCAAGAUGUUCAUCAACAGACACCUAUACCAACACCAACACCAAUACCAACACCAACACCAACACCAACACCGACACCGGUACCGGAUGAACUGGAAGAAAAACCUAGGGAGGACAAACCCAAACCCAAACCUGAACCCAAGGCGACGAAAAAGGAGACAGCUGAGAAGUCGCAGCCGACGACUGUGGACAACAUGGUCAGCUUAAUGAACACACGACAUCGCGUCUACGAUGUCAAAGUGCUGUCCCAGCAUAGCGCUGACAAAACACCACCGUCCGCACCUGACACCAUCACCCUCAAGAAAACUUCGGCUGGCAUGCAGCAGCUGAAGAUAGGCCAAGACGUCAUGAGCACAUGGAAUUGGGAUAAAUCCGCCAACAAGCUGAUGUGGAACGAUGGAGAGCAUGCCGGCCAUAUUGCCUUUCCCCACGAAGAGAGCACACGCGGGUACGGGACCGUGAGCCGCGGUCUAACGUCCUUCUCCGUCAUGGCAACACUGCGACCAGUUACCUACAGGUGUUGUCUUUCAAGUAACGCCGGGGCGUACGUGAAACAAGAAGGGUCGGCACUCAAGCUGAUGUGGGAUGACACUACCGACAAGUGGACACACGCCACGUGGGAUGAUGACGUCAUAAGCUUUACGUAUGGCCUAGAGGAGCAGUUCUUCAUCGGACAGAAGACCUACAAAGUUAACAUCAAUUUCGAAGACCUGCAGACGAGCGUGACGUACAACCCUGCGGAGGGAGACUUCUCCUUCGUCCUCACCCCUGAGUUCCAGGCGGUGUUUCAGCACGAGAACGACACAGUGUCUGUUCCCGAUAACCCCCGAGAUGACGACAAACACGUUUUCCCGUACCUGCUUCAGUUUACUUUCAACGCUGAAGCGUCCGAGUUUUCUGGCGCAAUACUCACCAAGGCACUGGACGCAGCAGCGGGAGAAGUGUACGCUGUUAAGGCGUAUGUCCAUGAAGCUGAGGAACUAUCUCUUGGCGCGCCAGCACCUCUACAUCUUAAUGGCCAAGAACUUAUCAACAUGUCCCAGUUCAAGAAGGAUGACAGUGGCAGGUGGUAUGACGCUAUCCAGCAGAAGUCUAUGGCGGAUUUCUACACAAUCCUACAGUACUACAUGGAUGGAGACCUCCGUAAAAAGUACAUGGGGAUGAACAAUGCUCCCGACCUGGACCCAUCAAUCAAGCAAAUCGCCGACACCAAUGGUAGUCCGUCCGACGAACAGAUAGAGAACGGUGACGACGGUGUUGCCAAGGAUUGGUACAAGACCCUGAGUGUUGCCUAUCUUGUCCAGGCACUUCCUAACGUGUGGACAAAUGACGAGUACUCCGGGAAACUCAACGCCAUUCGAGCUAAGAAGUGGCUGAAGACGGAGACAUCAACAGCAAGCGUUUUCAAUGCCCAGUCUCCAGAGCUGUACAAAAACCACUGGCUGCGGGACAUGCCGAGGAUGGGAGAUUUUCUGGUGGACCAGAUGCAAAACAGGGCCAAGUACGCAUCUUACAUCGAACAGGACAAAAGCUCUUGGAUAGAAGAAAUCGAAUCCAGCGUCGAAGAUCCCACUAACCAAGCCUCUAUGUUGGCUAUCAUAGAAAGUCUGACUACGUUAGGAAAGCAAGGGAAGUACUGGGCCUAUUGGUUCUUCCGUGACAUCGCCCAGCCGUCUUCUCUUCAGAUGCUUCAGAUGCUCUCCGUCGGGGGAGCCGCGUCACUGGACGGAUCAGCGUUCUCCAGGCAGAUCCAGCAGAACUGCGCCAUUCUCGGCAUCUUGGACAGCAGCGCCACGUUUCAGGAACAGUACGUUAAGAUCAUCCAGAUCUUCCAACUGACGAACAUCCUCCCCCAAUUGCUCGACUUCAGCGGUGACAUGACCAACUACCAGUACGCAGUACAGGACAUCCUGAAAGGGUUCGAGGAGAAGUACAUCGACAGCACAGAUCCAAAGAUGCAAGAAGCCGCUAAAGAGAUCCAAGAGAAAUUGAAUCAGAAAAAUCUGGAGGAUCUCAUAUCUCAGCUGCAAAAGAUGGCUUCGCAAUUCACAGGAGACUACAACUUCACAAAGCUGAUGACCUAUGUUGAUAACGAGUACGCAAAAGGCUCCCUGUACCUGCUAGGUAAACUUGUGGCCAGUGCAGCGAUCUGUGGAGGUAUCAUGUUGUUCUACUUCGGAGUCAAGAACUGGAAGUCUCUGGAUGGAGCGAAGAAGGCGCAGGUCAUCAGCGAUGGUGUCCUGGUGUUCACUGGCGUGGCAGCAGGGUUGGUUAAGCGAGGGGUCAGCUUGUACGAGAUCUGGGGGACGGAAGCAAUGGAGUACAAGAACGUGGCAAAGAUCGCGUUCGAAGGCGACUGUCAGGAGUCCAUCACUCGCGCAUCGAACGGCUUUAGCAAGUGGAUCCUAGAGAAGAAAGGAGGCGACAUAGAGAUUGGAGUCGACGCGGCCGCUGAAGAGGCUGUAGUGGCGGGCGAAGAGGACAUGGCCUUAGUGGAAACUCUGUUAGGCAAAAACCUUGACGAAUUCAUGGCAACCCGUUUCGGUGCUUCUUUGGCGGUUUUGGGUCUCGUUUUUGGAGCCAUUUCUCUCAGUAAAUCGACAACGGGUCUGGAGAAAGCAGGAAAUGCCAUGGGAGUCGUGGCGUCUACCCUCCAGAUCUGCUCGACGUUUGGGGCCUGGCUAAUCCCCGAGGGAGCUGAGAUCGCAGGAGUGGAGUGCGCGGCGAUCUGCUCCUGCCUGGGUGCGCUGGCGGUGGCGGCUGCUCUGGUCGGGGUGGUCCUGCUCAUCGUGGAGCUGCACAAGAAAACCCCGUCUCCGCUGGAGGACUUCGCGAAGAAGCAGGCCAACGACGCAGGCCUGUACAUGCCGCAUGGAGCAGACAUCGACAGCUUCCAGAGCUACCAGCCAAACGGAGAACUAGAGAAGGAGGGAAUCAGCCUCCAGCUUAACGGGUCGCCCAAUAAGUACCUACAGUUCAACGCAGACGGGUCCCUGACUCUCACCCAAGCAACCAAUGGUCCAGACACCGUCUUCUACAUGACCACCGACUCGUACGGUAGAGCCAAGUUCAUCGCCAACUUACCUAACGACGACAACACGGCAAUCGUGACCAAGUACCUUACAGUUGAUGGACAAGGUCAGUUGUCCGGAGCAGACCAGCUGACCGGAGAUUCGGCCAGCCAGCAGCAGUGGGUCGCCGAGUGUCAAGGGUCAGUCCAGCGAGAUGGAGACGGGCACCUGAAGUCGGCCAACUUCAAAUUCUACAGCCAGUCCCUGUUCAAGGCGCAGGAUAAGAAGUUCUACCUGGGAGGAUCCGGUGACGUUGCUGAAGUGUCGGAGUCAGAGCAGAAGUCCUGGGGUGUGUCCAUGUGCUCCACGAAGCCUGUCGGUCUCAGGAUGGAUGACAUCACUCUCUUCGACUUCCAGAUGGACCAGAAGUUCUCACCGACUCUCCUGAACCCCGGCAGCGACCCCAGGAAGUGGAACAUCAGGCCAGACCUGCCGGGCUUCAUGGAGCUGGACACGGCGACGGGGGCCAUCUCACAGAAGGCGGGAGUCGCACCGAAAGUCACCGCUUCCAACACCUACACCCUGACGGUGGAGAACAACCUCGGCUCAACCUCCGCAAAGUUUAUCUUUAAAGUCGGAGAGUAUCCGGAUGGGGCAUGAAGGGGAACGGCCACCGAAAGAAAUACGUGCAUAUUAUAUAUAUUGGAUAUGCAAAAUAAGUACAGGAACUGUUGGUGAUGAAACGUUUCGAUUAUUAGGGACUCGUAUCUGUGCAAAUUAGGUGCGACUUAUAUGGAAUACAUACUAUGUAUGUGUCAUUCUGGUGACAAUUUAGGGAUUGAGAAUGCAUUGCGUCUUUACUUUGUGUAUUGUUGAGUUAUCUAAGUCUUAUAAACAAAACCUGAAAUACACAGGGAAGGCUGGUAGUUUAUCCCUGUCCGUAUGGUGAAUUCUCAGGAUGUAAGCGUUUCACGUACAUUAUUUUCUUAUAUUGUUACAUCUGUAUGACAUGGCAAGAAACUGUUUGGUGCAAGUUCGACAUAUAUACAUUUAGUGAGAGUAUUUGUAUGGUGCUGCUUAGAUAAUUAUAAUGAUUAGAUAUUUUGAUAGCUCGAAAAGGGCCAGCUUUCAGAAAGGUAUUAAGUGUACCGGGGUAAUGCUUAUUUGAAAACUUAUUAUACAACCUGUUGGAACAAAUAAAGAAAAUGAACGGUGAAA